UAUUGCUGAAUUUUGGGUUCGCAUUGCCGCCCCGUCGCUUGUGUGGCUUUGGAUUUGAUUGCUCGGCGAAAAUUUGAGAAUACGAUCGUCCCCUCCGCCCGCAACACUCAUCUAAGUGAAGAUUUCCUGUAGAUUAUUUGGGCUUCUGUUUUACGCGGGGGCACCUGGGUUGCUGAACCGCUGCCUUAUACGAGUGUCCUGUUGGUUCGCGUUAUUCGCGCUCUGUAAUUGAUAAAUUUGCGUCGUUGCUUGCUGCAGUGCUGCUAAAUCCCGGGUCUGAUUUAUGUUACUCAGUAGCCUAGCUACUGGAUUUAGUGUCUUGAGCUUCCGUACAGAGGAUUUAAGAUCCUUGUUCAACAAUGUGGCAAGUUGGCAACAUACCUGAAUUCAUGUUUGUAGAAGUGAACAACGUAGGAACACAACUUUAACACCUGAGGUCGAUUCAGUUCACUGAAAUGAUCAACUUAUCCUGUCUGUCCCAUUCCUACCACAUUUCAUGCUAUUUUUCCAGCUUGUAACUUUCAGGAACGGGUUAGGCCAUUCUCAAUGGGAGUUUCAUACUCAUUAAAUACGGUGACACAUCAUCAUACUUGGUGACAUGACAAUUCAUUUAAGAGGGGAGAUAUAGAGAGUUUUAUGGGAGAUGGUAGAGUUUCACGAGGAUGAAACUCUGCAUACACGGUUACCUAGUUUAAAUCUGAUGUGGCAGCAUUGAAAACAGUGCAUUGAAACUCAUUAUUAAGAAUGACAUGGUUACUUCUGAAACAAUUAUUCUCCUGUAGUUGCAUUUAAUAAUUAGAUACAUCAAAAGGUUGAGCAGUUAUUGAUGUCCCUAUUUGAUACAUUAGAGAAGUGUUUUGGUACUGACAUGUUUGAUUUAGGGUCUGUUUAGGUCGCAUGUGCUAAACUGCUAUUGGAUGUUAAAGUUUAGCACUUCAGUUUGGGUCUCCAAGUGCUAAAGUUUAGCUAAAAGUGUAGUGCUAAACUUUAGCUAAUAUGCCUGGGCCUUCGAGGAGUGCGUAAGGGCGAAUAGAGGAGCAGCGCAGCCUGGGACAGGGACCUGAGCGCGUAUGGUGGAGAAGAGCGAGAGUGAGAAACAUGAGCAAGAUCACCGUCGACCAGGGUGACCGAGGUAAUCGCCGCACAGGGAGAUUGUAUUUCCUUCGAUGUCUAAUUACACGCUACUGCUUCCCCUUUAUAGAUCAGGGUCGGCACCAACUGAUAAGAGAUAAACAUGCUUAACAACUCCCUGGUAUUAUCUAGCUAACAACUCCCUGCUAUUAUAUAGCAAACAACCCAACUAUUAUUUAGCUAAUCCUUAUCUGCUGGAACUUAAGAGUUAUCUGCUGGAGCCGAGCUGCUGGCUUCACCGCCCCUGGUCUGGGUCCGGUACUCCCUCUGCUGCCUCCUAGUGUAGGUCUUCCCCACAAAUGCAUCUGCAACAUUUCUCCCCUCCCGGAGAAACAAGUCGUCCGUGACCUGUAUAGCUGGAUACCGUAGUUGGAAAUCCUCUAGCUGAACCUAGGAUGCUUCUGCUGCUGGACGACCCACCCAGUGAACUAACACUUCCCACACGCCUCUGUUAAGCCUUGCCUUGGAUACCUUCUCAGGUGUAGGUACCUCCCUGCCAUGUAACAGAUCUGGAAGAGGCACCACCUCAUCUGGCAACUGCCCAAUAAUUUUUUAUAGUGACACAUGAAAAACAUCAUGAUUUUUGCCUUCGGAGGGAGUUGCAAUUUAUAAGAUACGUCCCCCACUAGCUGUGUAGCCUUGUAGGGCCCAAAGAAACGAGGUCCCAACUUGGAUGUAGAUGCUGGUGUCACGCCCACGGCUGACCUUUGCUGUAACCGGAGCCACACCCAAUCCCCAACCUGGAAUUUCACCUCCCGCUGAGUCUGGUCUUGGUACUGCUUCAUUGUGACUUGGGCUUGGACCAGUCUCUCCUUGAUUUCUGCUAAGAACUCAUCCCGAUCGUGAAGCUAGUCAUCCACCGUAGCUACUCGCGCUUUCCCCGGCUGGUAAGGUAGUAAUGGCGGGGGGUCACGCCCAUAGACUACCCGGAAGGGUGAACACUUGAUGCCAGUUUGAUAUGAAGAAUUAUAGCUGUACUCCGCCCAUGGCAGCCACUGGAGCCAAGUCUUCGGCCUGUCACCUGCUAAGUAGCGCAGGUACAUCAAUAUCACUCUGUUUGUGACCUCCGAUUGACCAUCUGUUUGUGGGUGAAAUGCGGAACUCAUCUGCAGCUUUACUCCUGCCAUCCGAAACAGUUCUGUCCAAAAGUUGCUGGUAAAUACCACAUCUCGGUCACUCACUAUCGAACAGGGCAUGCCAUGUAAUCUGACAAUAUUGUCAAAAAAUGCCAUGCUACUGAAGCUGCUGAAUAAGGGUGACCCAGGGGAAUGAAGUGAGCAAAUUUGGAGAAACGAUCAACCACCGUGAGGAUAACCGAUUUACCCCCCACCUUUGGAAACCCUUCCCCGAAGUCCAUGGAGAUAUCACUCCAUACUUCAGAGGGAACUGGCGGUGGCUGUAAUAGCCCAGCAGGGUGAAGAUGUUUGGACUUAUUUCUUUGGCAGACUGCACAGCCCCGAACAAAUUUUUGUACCCGUCUCCUGAUAUGGGUAUUGUGGAAUGAGCUCCUCCAUCUAUGCAAGGUCUUCUCUACUCCCUCAUGACUUGCUGCAUGGGCAGCUAUCAGCAACUGAUCCCACACACUUGAAUUAUCUGUAACGAAGACUCUGCCCCGGCAUACCAACAAUCCAUCUCUUUCAGCCCAUCCUUCUCCUGCAGUUCCUGCCGCCAAAUGUGUCUUUAGUUCCUGGACUUGUGGAUCUAUCAAUGCUUCCUUCCUGAGUGUAUCAAAGACUUCUAGAGUUGGGGUGGACAACAGAUUCACUGCUGCUGCUGGUUCUUCAUCCCUUCUUGAUAAGGCGUCAGCCGUUCCGUUCAUCUUCCCUGGCCUAUAUCCACCUCCAUGUCAUACCCAAAUAGUUUGCUGACCCAUGUGUGCUGUGGUAUUGUGGAUAAGCGCUGGUCCAGUAUGUAUUGCAAACUGAAGUGAUCAGUCCUCACUGUGAACGCUCACCCCCACAAAUAUGGCCGCCAAUUGCGGACUGCUUUGACAAGUCCAAUCAGUUCUCUCUCAUAUGCCGAAAGUUUCUGGUGAUGUGGUGCCACAGCUCUACUGAAAUAUGCCACUGCCCUUGCACCUUGGUGGAGAACUGCCCCAAACCCUGAACCUGACGUGUCGCAGUAAACCACAAAUCUUUUGCUGAAAUCCGUAAUCUGCAGCAAGGGAUCAGUCAUGAGUGUCUGUUUGAGUGCGAGGAAUGCCUCUGUUGAUGCUUCAGACCACUGGAAUGCUUCCUUCUUCAAUAGGGCAGUUAGUGGUGCAACGAUGUUGCCACAACUUGCAAUGAAUUUCCGGUAAUAUCCUGUGAGCCCUAGUUAGUACUAAGGAGGAUAUGGCCAUCGAUAGUACUGGUGUAGGGGUGGUGUAUUCUUUCUGUUAGUAUGGAUCAGUCUGUAUAUGUGCGGGUUUGGCCGCCAUAAGGCCUUGUUCGAUUAUUUACAUUCCAUUUGUAUUGGAGGGGAUUGAGAUGUAUUGAUGUGGAUUUUGACUUACUAUGGGUUUAAACCGACUCAAUCCCACCCAAUCCACAUGAAUUAGUGUUAGAGUGUGUGUUCCUAUAUCUCUACUACUAUUAAGCGUGUAGUGUAGGCGUCCACCACACAGAGUGGUGCACGUUCUGCCGGUCGUAUCUGCCAUCUACGAGCGGUCGCCCCGCUCACCUUCCAUCGACGGGGCCGCCCCACCCACCGCCAUCCCUGCUCCCCGCCAUCAACGCUCGCCCGGAUGUUGCUCGCCCGGAUGGUGUGGCACGCCCCUACACCAUGCCCCCACCCAUCUCUCCCACGCAUGCCCGCGCCCGCGAAUCUCGCUCGUGCCCCCCUCGCACCCAGCCCUCCGAGAUCCUCUCUGGUGCCCCGACCGCUCCGUCCUCGCCAAGGUCGUCACCUACCAGGUCCGCAAGAUCUCCUCAGGCAUGCCCCAGGGAGUCCUCAACCUAUCGUACAAGCUCAGCGAGGUCACCCAGACGGCGGGUGCCAACGGCUACACCCCCACCUAGAUCGCCGCGUACCCACCGCCCUCCGGUAAGGCCGGCACAUACGCUCCUCUUGUCGCCUACCUGCCUCCAGCAGCCGACCAAGAAGAAGAAGAACUUUGGAAUGGGGCUAGGGGCCAGGCUGUUGGGAGGCGCCGUCGGGGGCCUCCUGAUCGGGGGAACGACAUCAGGAGAAGCCCUCCGAACACGAUGGCCAAUGCCGCCCGCCUCACGGCCACGGCCGACCUUGCCAUGACACCCGCCGGUCGCCGCCGCGCUGCGUCGUCUUCCGCCGUCGUGGCUUCCUCCUCCUCUCUCUCUCUCUCUCCUGGAGACAGCGCUGGCCUUCUAAGAGCUUCCUCUCACGGGCAUGGGGACUAGGGUGGCGCUAAUGCGAUGCAGCGCUGCUGCGGCCGCGCAACGUGACUGCAUAUUAUAAUGUGUGUGUGUGUGGGGGGGGGGGAAGUAGCACUGUAGCAGCAGGAUUUGUGUCAGUCAGUCGCUGCUGCGGUAUUCAGUAUUCUUGCUUCUUGUUCUGUUCCUGGCCGCCUCUGGGGGCAUUCUUUUGCUUUGGCCGAUUCUGCUGUGCUUUUGAAGGACCUGUAAUGGAGGGGCCGAGGGGGCAGAGUAGAACCAAAGCAAGCUGCUGAGCCAUGCUUGCUUUUUAUUGCACUUUGCUUUUUUUGGGUUAUGCCAUGUUGUUUUCCUGCCUUUCCCUUUCAAUCCCUCGCUUCUUCUUGUGAAGAGAACUAGAGAAGGGUAAAAUGACAGUGGAUUAAAAAAGAGUUUUGGGAGGCAUUGUUAUCUGAUCGCCCUUGUUCUCCCUCAAGUACACUCCUAUUGGAAUGCGCCGGCCUUCGAUUUGUAGAGCAGCGCUCUGUGAUGAGUGGUGAUGUGAUACCGCGCAUCCGAGAGACAAGUUCUUUGGUCUUGAAUCUGACUUUGUGAUUUCUUUUGCUUUAUACGCAAUCUGAUUGUUAGGACGAAAUCAAAUUAUGCAUUUUAUAUCUGAAAUGUUGCAUGUUAUUGUAAAUACUCCUAUGAUAUGAUACUGGAAGCGUGACAUUAUAUGAAUGGCACACAGUUUCCUUUUGUUCAGAUUUGCGCCUGCUUUCAAAGUUUCUGAAUGCCACAAUUUAUUUGCGAUUGUGCUUCUAUUGGUAAGCCAUAUCCGUUUUGGAUGUUAUAGAGGCUUCUAUAUGUUCUCUGCAGGUUCAGUUAGAACUUAGAACCCACAAUACACUAGGCUUUUGCAAGCAACCAAAGAUAUUCUCAGAAAGGAAGGUUUACCAGGAUCCGCCUUGCCUUGAAUACUUCUUGGCUUAUGUCAUAUUGACCAUUUGGGCGAUUGAGAAACAGACUAAUACAGCCACUGUUGCUCUUGCACUUGCAUGCCUCUAUAUAAUAGGCUAAACUAAACAACAUUGUACAUGAUAUGGUACUUUUGCACUUGCACUGUGUCUUCUUGAUGGGUAGAACCGUAGAAUCCUGCCCUAUAGUCCAGAACUAGAAGAAUUCUAAUUUUUCCUUUUAGUAAUCCAUGUAGAUUUGAGCUUUGUUUGGUAAGAAAUGCAUUUGGAUUUUCCACAAAUUCCAGUCUUUCACAUACCCAUCUACUUGCUAUCCUGCUACUGGACGAGGUGGCAUCGCACGGGCACGAAUAGUUUCAUAUAUGCCUAUGCAUUUUUUACAGACUUUGUGUGAGAAUAUUAUUCUCACUUUCUUUGCUUUCUGUUUUUACUCAUAUAUAGGCAAACUGAAGUGGAAUAUUUGAUGCACACCUCUUUUGCCUCAGAUUUAAAAAUCCCUAUUUUUAAUCAUUUUGCGAGGAAAACUCUAGAUUUAAAAUGCUCCAAUUCUUGAGAGUUUGCUAUGUGGUUAACAUAGAUACUCGCAUAUAUUUUAUAGCUUGAAAGAAUUGUGCUCUAGAUUUCAUGGCUCUUCUUCAUAACUGUUACCUGAUUUUUAUGAUUCCUGGCAAAUCUAUGUAUGAUUGCUGACUCUACCUCACGAUGGGCUGAGGCAUUGUGUGAGAUUUCAUGGAGUUUGCUUAUUUCAAUGAUGCUCAGCGCCAGGCUACCAAUGAUGCUGGUAGGAUUGAAGGGCUUGUGGUUAUGAGGAUUAUCAAUGAGCCCACUGCUGCGGCCUUGUCAUAUGGAAUGAACAGCAAGGAGGGCCUUGUCGGUGAAGUGUGUUCGUGCCGGAGAGCGUGGAGUGCGAGGCCUCAUGACGCGAAGCAAGUUCGGUCUGCUCGUGCAUGUCACCCGUCGCGUGCGCGUGUGCCGGAGAGCGAGGAGGAGUGCAAGGCCUCACGACGCGCUGCCAGGUCCGUGCUGCUCGUGCGCGUCACCCAUUGCUGUUGAAAUCCAUCCCACCCCAAUGUUUCCAAGUAGAGUAACAGAUAUCCGAUCUCGGAAUGAGGAUAGUGACUGGGCCAUGGGAAUUUGAUCGAGAAAGAAAGGGAAAGGUAGAGAUAGUGGGGACAAUCGAUUUAAUUGUAGCUGGAACAUUUCUAAAGGUAUUAGUAGGUGACUUGCUGCAGCAAACUUGAACACACAAGCAACAAACAUAUGCUUCAGGUCCUUGAUGCUACCAACAGGUAAACUCUUUUAAUACUUUUGUUCACCUAAUGGUAGGAACAGAUGAUAUACCACAAAUGUUUUCGACCUAACAAAGAGGGCAUAGAAAGUAGAAGUUGGUUGCUCCUUUAAAGCAUCAGUUUCAAGUAGCCAUCAGCUGAAAUCUACCAUUGCUGAAACAAGGUGAAAAAAAUGCAGAAUGGACUACUUAGAGAUAGCUACACUAUCGAUGCAUCUACAUCAUUUUGGACUAUAUGGGACACCAUCAGUAAUGGUUGAUCUUGUCUACUGUGCUUUGGAGUUCCUUUCAACUUUGCUUGGAGCCUUUCAUGCCACUGAUGGAGUCAUAUGCCUCUGCCCAGAAAUUCAGUUUCUGACUGAACUAAACGGUGGUGGUUUGAAUCAUCGUGGUUCACUGGUUUUCACAAUAUUGGGAUUCUUGGCAACCAUGAGGACAUUAUGAGAUUCUUGGCUACCAUGAGGACAAGUUGAUUGUUCAAUUACAUUUUCUACGUCUAUUUCGAAGCGUCGAUGGCGGAUGUCCGCACACAAAAUGCCUUGAAGGGUCUGGAGGAAGUUGCAAGUUUCCUGCGUGUCCUUGGCUACUAUCCGUGCAACACAAUAACGAUAUGAGCUGUUGCGUCACACUGUCUAUCUUGGUUGCUCCGCCUUGGAAGACCAGAGUGGGAGAUGGUUGCUAUUUCUGCUCAAGUUAGCGAGAAUAAAUACUUUGUUUCGAUGGCAUAUCGGUUGUGGUUCUAUUAUGACAUAUAUAACAUACUGAUGUUAUUAUUACUCACAUUAUCUAUGCUAUGUUGAAUAAUCAUGUUUUUAGUUAUAUUUCUCCUUCAAUUCUAUUCUUUCGUACUAAUUAUGUCUUGUAGCGUUAAGCAAGGGCAAUAUACAAAUUGGUUUCAAUGAUUCAUUGCAUCAUAUUACUCCUGUCUUUAAGCAAUAUAGUUUGGAUUCACAUUAGCCUUGUAACAAAAGUAAUUUCUAAACGUUAUUAUGAUACUCCUAAUUGGAUUGUUACGCUAGACAAUGUGACAUACAACUAAGUCAUUUGAAUUUUGCAUGCAGUUGAAUAAAAGGUUCCUCUUCCCUUGUUUGGAAGAGAUUAUGGUCAUUAUACACUCCCGACUGAAUAUGAACACUCUUGAAAUACAUUGCGAAGCUGCAGAGGAUCGUCAUUAGAAUUGCAUGAAGGUUGUAUGCGAAACCACUGGAUUGAACAAUUCGAGAAAUCUACAGAGGAAGUCGUGAACAGCUAUGCACAAGAUUGAGUCUAAGGUAUAGGCAUCUGAUGGAGGACAUGUUGUCUCUACUCCCGCAUAUGAAGGACAACCAGGACAAGGUCGAGUCCAAGCAGAGCAAGGGGAACACGCCGAGCAAGCUGCUUGAGCUCAGGAGUUGCUCCAGCUGCCUUUCUUCGAGAUUCUGGCUGUUGACCAUGCGUCGGAUGAGGGCGCGAUUGUACCAAUUGGUUCGCAGCAUGAUGCACAUUUGACCAAACUGAUGAAUAUGGAAAAUGACCAACCUUUGUUGCCGGCACCACCAGUUAAUCUGGAAUCAGCCAUCCUUGAGCAAAAUGCAAAUAUGGUGGCUCUCAAGGAAGGCUGUUCUGUGGGAAGUGAGCUGCCACCUGGUCUGCAGGGUAAUUUUGGUGGUAACAAAGCAAACACGUGUACUUCAGCACUGCAUUCUAUUGAUGAAGGUGAAGAAAUAACUUGUGGUUUCAUUAAACAUGAGAGGAGUUAUGAUUUACAGAAUUUGACUAUGGAUAAGUCAAUUCAAGUGUCUAAUGAAACAAAGUACAAGUUUCUUGCUCAUAAGCCCAGAGUAGGCUGUGAAACUGCUAUUCAAAACUGUGAGUUGGCUUCUGCAUUGCCAGAUACAGAAUUUCAUGGCCCUGUUGCAACCAUUUCAACUACGGGUCAAUCAGAAGGAUCUGACACUGAGAUUAAUGUUCCAAACUAUUCUGACCUAGAAGCACUGAUACUUGAUCUGGACCUGAUUCCAUGGGAUCAAGAAUCUGACUUCAUCCAACCAGAAGUUUCAAGGUUUCAGUAUCCUGAAAGCAGGAAGGAUUUGAUAAGAUUAGAGAAAGGUGUCUGCUCUUAUAUGAACCGAUCUAUCAUGUCUAAGGGUGCUUUCGCAAUUCUUUAUGGCCAACGCACGAAAUACUACAUAAGAGAGCCCGAGGUAAGUCUUGGGAGAGAAACAGAAGAAGUACAUGUUGAUAUCGAUUUGAGUAAAGAAGGAAAGGCAAACAAAAUAUCCCGUCGACAGGCAGUUAUUAAGAUGGACGAUGGUGGAUCUUUCUACAUAAACAAUACUGGGAAGUUUUCAAUUUUCGUGAAUAGCAAAGAAGUACCCUGCAGUAAACGUAUAAACUUAAUGUCAGACUCAUUAAUUGAGUUGUUUUUUUUUUGUUACCGACAGAUAAGGAACCUGAAAUUCAUUUUUCACGUGAACCACGAGGCUGCAAGGCAAUACAUAGUUCGAAAAAGGAGAGGAAGCUCCCAAGGCGGGAUCACGGCGUUUGAUUGGAGUCAGAACCCAUGAGUAGUUAACGUUAUGAUCAAGGUUGUUUAUAAUCUGCGAUAGCUACCUCUCUCUUCAAGAAAGUAUUGGAUAAGCGUAAAGUUAUUUAUAAUUUCCGAUAGCUAAUAUUUCUCUCUUCCAGUUAGCACUGUUAUUCCUUUA